CCCCGCGCUCCUAACGGUUGCCCUCGGGCCCCUCGGCAGUGCGGCCCGACCCCUCCUGUCCAUCCGCAUCUCCGCCGGGCCCGCCCGGGGGCCCCCCGACCCUAAUGCCCGGCGCUCCCUGGAGACUUUUCCCCAGGCGUGCCUCCGGGCUCUUAUCGGAAUUAGCUGGGCCCUGCAAGUCUGAAAGUCCAGGCGUUCCAUGACUUUGGCCAACGUGGAAACCUUUCCUCUUAACCAAAGCACCUUCACUGGGUCUUCACCUAAAUUUCUUUUCAACGAGCGACAUUAAUGCUUGGUCAUAGGGGUCUCCUUGCUCCCUGUUGCCGGGCCGUUUUUAACACCUUAAGUCUUUCCUGCCUCCAGGCCAGGCCCUUCCCAGCGCCUCCGAUGCAGAAGCUCCCUGGCCACAGCCCCUCACACUUAGCCUCCCGCCCCCCUCCCCCUUUCCUGAGUUAACUUGAAAGAAACCCUCCUCAUCUGGCAUUUCUUAUCCAACCAGAAUUCCCGGUAAGCUCCAGGUCUGGUCCUUCAUAGGACCCCGGCCCUGGGAGAUGCUAAGUCGAUUGUUGUUGGCCCAUCCUUUCCUCCACCCGCCCAUCUCUCUGUCCUCCUUAUUGCUGCUUACCCAAACAUCAGCCUCCACACAAGUCUCUCCACUGCUUCACUGAGCUGCCAGUUGCACCUUAGCCUUGGAGCGUCCCGUCCCCCCCAACCCCGCCUCUGCGUCUGAAACCCUUUGAGUGCCAAUAGGCCGGUCCCCUUCCCAGGUCCUGCAUCUGCACUGUUCCCUAUGUGUCUCAGGCCACUCACCUUCACCCAGCUCCAGUUUUAGUUUCUAGCUGUUAGUCUAGUAUGUAGUUGGGAAGGGUUGAGACCGAUCUGGAUUUUGUGUUGCUGCCUUGGCCUGGGGACCCAGGGCCUCAGGGGACCUAUAUGGUGAUUACAGUCAAGUGAGUUGUGUUCUUAGACCUCCGGCCUGCCUUUUUUUAGCCAGGGGACGAAUUAGUAUUGUUGCAAUUUGAUAAAUUAAAAAGACUCUAGUUUGUCUUUGUGGUUGGAAUUAGGGAUAGAAAAAGUAGCCCCACUUUAGAAGAGAGCAAGGGAGAAGAGGUUGCUAUGCACAAGGCUUACAAAAUUCUAAAGGGAAAUUUAAAAUGGCUUAAAACUCACAAAGUACUCAGGGUGGUUCCUGCUUCUUGUGGAUCUCUUCUCCGAUCUCGAAUAAUGUGCGGGGACAUGGGGUCCCCUGUGGGGCCAGCUGCAUCCUUCCUUCCUUGUUUUCCCUGGCUAGGUCCCAAGACUGGGCAAGUGGGCAGAAGGGAUCACAUGAGGUAAAGUGUGAAAGCGCUUUGAAAACUUAACUGGUCAACUUGCCAAGGGGCGUUCGUUAUUUGUCAUGAUGGCUUAGAGAGGAGGGAGCUGGGAUCGCUGACCAGGUUGGGGGAACAUAGGCUUGCACCCCUUUCUGAGCCUCAGAGUUACCCUACUAUGCAUGGAGGAUCUCUGCUUCUUGUAAAAGGGCAGAGUCACUACCCAGCAGGCUUGGGACUGGGAGGUUGCUGGUUGCUCAGAUGUUGGGGACUUUGGGACUCCACUUCUGUUAAUAGUGUGGUACCUUUUUGUGCCAAGGCACAUUGCUCUGGAAUGGGGCUAAUUUUAGGGGUGAUGGAAAGAGGAAAUAAUGUUAACUUAUCAUCUAUUAGGAUUGCCUAUUCUUUCGAUCCUUUUCUCCUUAGAGUACUGAACCCCAGAGAACAGGAUUCCCUCCUGUUCCUGCAAGCCUGUUGUGAGCACCCUGGACCAGUGUGUUCUUUUUCCUCAACUCCAGCAGGGGGCAGUCUUUUAAUAGCAAUAAAUCCAAAGGCAGGAGGGAGCUGGUAUACCAAGGAACUGAGAAAGAAGAUGGGGCAGAGGGAUGGAAGGAGCCAGGCAGGGAGGUGAGGCAGGCCGAUGCUGAAGGUAGGGGUGGCAGGUAAGUGGGAAAGAGCCUCCGAGGAGACCCUUAGAUCAAGAAGCCAGGAAAGGGUGCUGUCCUCAGUUCUGUCUGCUGUCUGUCCUGGCUCUUUCCUCCAUUGGAAAAGGAUCCAAACAGGUGGCUUUGAGAGUUUGUGAUAGACUUCACACAGUUUUUUAAACCUCUUCUUGAGGAUUUCCCUCCUGGCAGGGUUUCAGAUUUCUCUCAAGGGACAAUAUAAUUAGGAAACGAUUUCCCUGCUUGCUGUUCGGGGAGACUGCACUGGAGUAAAUGUGGUCUCUUCUGUCUUCUGUUCUUCCCCAUAAACACAGAGCAGGCUCUCCCUGCGCUUGUGAGACAGGGGAGGCGCCCUGGGCCCAGGCACUGUUGUUGCAUUGGGCCUUCUAAUUCCUGUCGAGGGCAUUGUCGGAGGCCAGUAGGGCCUUUCAGGUCUGGCCAGCAAAAACGAUGUCCAGAUACUGCCACAUGUGCCCUGCAGCACAGGCGCCCCCAGUUCAGACAGAACCACUGGCUUGGAGGAAACGUGAAGCAGAAGCACACCUGUGUGGAGGGGUGGGGCCCACCAGGGUGGCUCGUGUGCCAUUUCGUGGUGCUUCCUUUGGUCUGAAGGACGGCCGGGCAGCGACCGGCUGCUGGACCAGGUCCCCCUGUGGCUGGGCCAGCUCAGAGACGUGACUUUUUUCCCCAGCUGCUCCGCUUCCUCUGCCCUGACUGCCUCUCCUUUGCCUCUGCAGGUCUGCAGUUUCCCUGCUUCUCACACCAGGAGCCACUUUGCCUCAAUUUGCCCCUUCAACCAGGACAGAAAGACAAAGGCAAGAAGUGGAGAGUGUGGAGGAGAGCUGUCUUUGCCAUUCCCUGGGAGGGAGGGAGGAGUUGUGGAGUCCUGGACUUGAUGGAAACUUCGGAGGCGCUCCGGUCCGGCCUCCUCCCCAGCCAGUGAGGGAAGCCCUUGUGCAGCUCCCUGAGACCUCAGCCGCCCGUCCUCGCUCGGAGCCGCCGGGGAUGCGCUGCCCCCUGAGAGCCUCCUCUGCUGUUCCUUAGGGGGACAGGUCGCUGUCACUGCUUCUGUCAACCUCAUUUCUACUUUAUGGAUCUUUCCUGGAUGUGAAGCUCCCUUCCUGGGCACCACUGCAGUCAGAUCAGCAUCCUGUAGCUUAGAGACCUUGGUUCUUUCCAGCAAAGGCCCCUGCCUAAGGAGAGCCCCGUCCCGGCCCUACCUGCUUCCUGGGGCAAGGCUGCCACGUCUUCCCCACCUUGUGACUGUCCACUUAACUCAUGGUGUGAGUGGCACGUGGCUGGUUUAGGUGAGUCCUUUCCGUACCCUCUUGGGGUUCUCCAGGUGUGUGGUGUGUUGUCUUCAAGGCCUCCACAGGUGUUUAGAGAGUGAACCCCGGGUUCCCCCCUCGUCCCUUCAGCCCCUCGGACGUUGAGGAUACGCCCAGCUCCACAAUGGCAGCAGAGACCCUCAAUUUUGGGCCCGAGUGGCUGAGGGCCCUUUCCAGUGGUGGCAGUGUGGCCUCUCCACCCCCAUCCCCCGCCAUGCCCAAAUACAAGCUGGCUGACUAUCGCUACGGGCGAGAAGAGAUGCUCGCUCUCUACGUCAAGGAGAACAAGGUACCCGACGAACUGCAGGAUAAGGAGUUUGCUGCGGUGCUGCAGGAAGAGCCGCUGCAGCCCCUGGCGCUCGAGCCUCUGACUGAGGAGGAGCAGAGAAACUUCUCCCUGUCAGUGAACAGUGUGGCUGUGCUGAGGCUGAUGGGGAAAGGGGCUGGCCCCCCCCUAGGUGGCGCCUCCCGUGGCAGGGGCAGCACUCGGAGCCGAGGCCGAGGCCGUGGUGACAGUUGCUUUUACCAAAGAAGCAUCGAAGAAGGCGAAGGAGCCUUUGGCCGAAACCCCCGGGAGAUCCAGCGUAGCCAGAGUUGGGAUGACAGAGGCGAGAGAAGGUUCGAGAAGUCGGCCAGGAGGGAUGGAGCACGAUCCGGGUUUGAGGAGGGAGGGGCUGGCCCGAGGAAGGAACAUGCCCGCUCAGAUAGCGAGAACUGGCGUUCUCUCCGCGAGGAGCAAGAGGAAGAGGAGGAGGGCAGUUGGAGACUUGGGGCAGGACCCCGACGAGAUGGCGACCGCUGGCGCUCAGCCAGCCCUGAUAGCGGCCCCCGCUCUGCUGGCUGGCGGGAACAUGGGGACCGGCGUCGCAAGUUUGAAUUUGAUUUGCGAGGGGAUCGAGGAGGGUGUGGUGAAGAGGAGGGGCGGGGUGGGGGAGGCCCCUCUCACCUCCGGAGGUGCCGAGGGCCUGAUGGCUUUGAGGAGGACAAGGAUGGGCUCCCAGAAUGGUGCCUGGAUGAUGAAGAUGAGGAGAUGGGCACCUUUGAUGCCUCUGGGGCUUUUCUGCCUCUCAAGAAGGGCCCCAAGGAGCCUAUUCCUGAAGAGCAGGAGCUCGACUUCCAGGGCGUAGAGGAAGAGGAGGAAGAGCCUUCCGAAGCACUGGAGGAGGCAGGCCCUGAGGCGGGAGGGAAGGAGCUGACCCCACUGCCUCCCCAGGAGGAGAACUCCAGUUCCCCACCCCCACUGCCCGCCUUGGGCCCACUCUGGGGACCUAACGGGGAAGGUGAUGAUGCUACAGAAAAAGAUCUUCCAGCGACUGAAGACGAUAUGAGAGGGAUGCAGCUGAGUCCUGGUGUGGGCUCACCCCCUGGCCCACCCGGGGAUCUGGAGGAUGAUGAAGGCCUGAAGCAUCUGCAGCAGGAGGCAGAGAAGCUGGUAGCCUCCCUGCAGGACAGCUCCCUGGAGGAGGAGCAGUUUACGGCCGCCAUGCAGGCCCAGGGUCUGCGCCACUCAGCAGCUGCCACUGCCCUCCCUCUCAGCCACGGCGCGGCCCGGAAGUGGUUCUACAAGGACCCGCAGGGGGAGAUCCAAGGCCCCUUUACAACCCAGGAGAUGGCGGAAUGGUUCCAGGCGGGCUAUUUCUCCAUGUCAUUGCUUGUGAAGCGGGGCUGUGAUGAGGGCUUCCAGCCCCUGGGUGAGGUGAUCAAGAUGUGGGGUCGUGUGCCCUUUGCCCCGGGACCCUCGCCACCCCCACUGCUGGGCAACAUGGACCAGGAUCGGCUGAAGAAGCAACAGGAGCUGGCCGCAGCAGCCUUGUACCAGCAGCUGCAGCACCAGCAGUUUCUGCAGCUGGUUGGCAGCCGGCAGCUCCCGCAGUGCGCGCUCCGGGAGAAGGCUGCUCUGGGGGACCUGACGCCGCCACAGCAGCAGCAGCUCACUGCAUUCCUGCAGCAGCUUCAGGCUCUCAAACCGCCCAGAGGCGGGGACCAGAACCUGCUCCCUACCAUGAACCGGUCCUUGUCGGUGCCAGAUUCAGGUCCCCUCUGGGACAUACAUACCUCAGCCUCAUCACAGUCAGGCGGUGAGGCCAGUCUUUGGGACAUACCAAUUAACUCUUCGACUCAGGGUCCAAUUCUAGAACAACUCCAGCUGCAACACAAAUUCCAAGAGCGCAGAGAAGUGGAGCUCAGGGCGAAGCGGGAGGAGGAGGAGCGCAAGCGGCGGGAGGAGAAGCGCCGGCAGCAGCAGCAGGAGGAGCAGAAGCGACGGCAGGAGGAAGAGGAGCUGUUUCGACGCAAGCAGGUGCGGCAGCAGGAGCUCCUGCUGAAGCUGCUGCAGCAGCAGCAGGCCGUGACCGCCGUCCCAGCGUCCCCCACGCCCAGCUCCCCGCCGCCACUGUGGGCCGGCCUGGCCAAGCAGGGGCUGUCCAUGAAGACGCUGCUGGAGCUGCAGCUGGAGGGCGAGCGGCAGCUGCAUAAGCCGCCCCCACCUCGGGAGCCGUCACGGGCCCAGGCCCCCAACCACCGUGUGCUCGGGGGCCUGGGCGCUGUUCCUCUGAACCAGUGGGUGUCUGAGGCUGGGCCACUGUGGGGCGGGCCCGACAAGAGUGGGGGCAGCGGCAGUGGCCUGGGGCUCUGGGAGGACACCCUCAAGAGCAGCGGAAGCCUGGCCCGCAGCCUGGGCUUGAAGAACAGCCGGAGCAGCCCCUCUCUCAGUGACUCGUACAGCCACCUGUCAGGCCGGCCUGUGCGCAAAAAGACGGAGGAGGAGGAGAAGCUGCUGAAGCUGCUCCAGGGCAUCCCCAGGCCCCAGGACGGCUUCACCCAGUGGUGUGAGCAGAUGCUGCACACAUUGAGCACCACAGGCAGCCUGGACGUACCCAUGGCUGUAGCGAUCCUCAAGGAGGUAGAAUCCCCCUAUGAUGUCCACGAUUAUAUCCGGUCCUGCUUGGGGGACACGCUGGAAGCCAAAGAAUUUGCCAAACAGUUCCUGGAGCGGAGGGCCAAACAGAAAGCCAGCCAGCAGCGGCAGCAGGAGGCUUGGCUGAGCGGCGGCUCCCUGCAGACAGCUUUUCAGACCAACCACAGCACCAAACUUGGCCCUGGGGAGGGCAGCAAGGCCAAGAGGCGGGCGCUGAUGCUGCACUCAGAUCCCAGCAUCUUGGGGUACUCCCUGCACGGACCUUCUGGUGAGAUCGAGAGCGUGGAUGACUACUGACCAGCCCGUCCCACCAGCCCCUGGGCUGUAGGCCAGGGGCGGCAGCAGCGGCUUGGACCCUUGGGUCCCCAGCCUGCAGGCUCCCCUCAGGAGCAUAGGAGGAAGCAGGGGCGGGGUCCCCAGCACUUGUUACAAACCACACGAUGCACCUUAACUCACCCACCACGAGGCACUUUACAGAUUGGGGGGGAAGGGUUUUUGGGGGGUUUUUUGUUUUUUUUGUUUGUUUUUUCUUUUUUAAAAAAGCAUUUUAAACAGCAUUGAAGAAAACUGUUAGGAGAGACAAAAAAAAAAAUUGUUAAAAACUAGACUCUAAGCACCCCUUCCCCCUGUAGGGACAGUAAGGGUGACAGUGGAAGGUCCACAGAGGUCUUUUGGGGUUUUUUGUGUGUGUAUGUGUUUUUGUUUUUUAAGAAAAAAGAAAAUGGAAAAAAAAAAAGGUUAGGAGAUUUAAAGAAAAACACACUGUUAUUUUGGGGCAGUGGGGACACAGGCCCUGUGGACCUGUCCUGCCUGGCCCCCGAGGCUGCACUUACCCUCCCUGCCCUGCUAUAGUUGGGCCACUGGGGUAACUGGAAGCUGGGGUGCCAGCAGUUUGCACAGCGAGGCCCCCUCAGCCCCGCCGGCCGGACCCGCUGUGAACGGCUCCCUUUGUUGCUGUGACCGUGGCAGAGGUGUCCGGGGUGGGGGCCAAAGUAGUCCCUUGGCUUUGCUGCUUUAGGGGAAAGUUGCACAAAUGGGCCGGGCCGCCUCAGCUCUCUAGGCUGCCAUCCUGUGCUGGCUGACGGCCGGGAGGGGAGAGGGCUAGCCAGUGCCAACCUCAUCCUGCCGUCAGGGUGGCAGAACUUCCACUCUGGCCCUGGUGAGGGGCUUCCCCCACUGCUGCCAUUUUGGGGGACGGCCUGGGUGUGAAGCUGAAAGCCUCAGCUCCCUGCCUUGCCACAUGAAUGUAUUCUUUGGGCCACAAGCCCCUGCUGCGCCUUCUGCCUCAACCCUGUGCGAGGUGGGAGUGGAGCAGUUCCUCCGGGAGCUGGAGAGCGAGGCACCACUUAAUGACUGUUUUCUCCUGUGAAAGGGGCAAGAGGAGGGCCUCGGAGGCCAAGGGAGUGGGCAGCAUGGGGCUUUGGGUUGCAGUGUGGGGGCUGUCAGAAGGGAGGGCCCCGUUUGCAGCCAGCUGUGUGGGAUGUGGACCACCCAGCCCUGCUCUGACCCCUCCAUUGACCAAAUGGGAGAGGAGCCAGUGACCUCUCCCCCUUCUUGCUCCCCUGAUGGUUUUUAAUGUUGGGUGAGGUGCGGGGGUCAAGAAUAGAAGCGUCGUCUCUCCUGGGUUAGGGGUAGGCUGCCCUUCUGUAGCUCACCAACUUUAUUCCCAGUCACCUACCUGGGUUUGUCUCCAUUUUUGUGUGUUUUUCUUUCUUUCUUUCUUUUUUAAGAGUUUGUAUCUUUUGGGUUUCUCCUCUAACUUCUCCCAUCGACCUCAUUGCUCAGAGUGCAGUAUUAGGGCAGGAUUCUGCCACUGCCUCCCCUCCAUGAAUGUAUUUGUCCUUCCUGCCCUGGGGAAAUGGGGAGUGGCCCGAUUUCUUUCCCCAUCCAUCCCUAGAGAGAGACCACAUUUUUUUUGUUGUUUUUUGUUUGGUUUUGUUUUGCACCAAAGUGGCAACUGGGUCAGUGUUGGGGGAUAAAGCUGGCCUCGGGGGUGGAGGGCACCCUCCACCUGCUUCUCCCUGGUUUCAACAGUGUUAGCGUCCGUGAAAAGACAAUAUUCUCUCUAAAGCAAUAAGGGGGUGAUGGGCCAGGGGGAAACGUCUUGCUGCUGCUGGCCCCCCAGCUCCCCCCUUCCUCACGCCAGUAUUUGGCGGCAUUAGAGGUGUCGGGGAGUACUGUUGUGACUGAAUGUAACUGCCCCCACCCCUGCCGCAGCCAAUGCAGGGGAGGGGGGUGACACUCUUCCCUGUUUCUUCCUUCCCCUUCCCCCCAGCUAAAGAGACUUUGAACUUAGGGGGCCCUUGAGCCUGGAGAGGCCUUAACCCUGUGAGGAAGUGUAGGGGGAGCCCUCUCCCACCCCCAUCCCCUUCUGAGAGUGGUCAAUGUUUACAAGCCCCUGAGCCCCCCAGCCCAGGGACUCCACCCCCAUCGCUGUCCUUUCCCACUGUCUUCCUGGGCCCCAACUGCUCUCCCAUCCUCCCUGGGAUGGGGUGGGUGCAGGGGCUGUUCUGUGUCCCCUUGUCUGCCUUGGACCCCUAAUCUCCCCCACCCCUACCCUGUGUGACUCCCCUCUCCUUCUACCUACCCCUGUAAAUAUUCCCUUUCCCCCAAUAAAACUUGGUGUGUGUUCUCCC